AUGCGCGAUUUUGAGGACACACCAGAGCCAUAUUCGAAGCGUACUACAUCCUCGAAGCGGGGAGACAUCCCUACGACUACAGUUAAGAAUAGCAAAAGUCGUCGUGACCGCCACGGAGGAGAAAUCCUAUCCGAGUCCAUUGAUGUGCUAUCUGAGAAUCACGGCGGUGAACAGGAGAGGACCUUGUCGCAUGAUGAUUACGAAGAAGAUUUUGAAGAUUACGAAGAGGAUUUUGAAGAUUUCGAAGAUUUUCAAGAUGAGGAGCGUCCAAAACCUAGCCAGCCUGAGGGAGUAGUAAAGAAUUUGCUAAUCCUGCGGGAGAAAUCACUAGUUGAAAUAAGCGAGGUACAAAAAGCGCUGCAAGCGGAAAAUCAAAGAGCAUCGUCACGGCAGGAGCAGCGUGCAAAGUACGAGGAGGAGCAAUUCACAAAGCGGGAGCGGACUGGUUCUGCCCUUCCUCAACGCAAAAGAGUAGGGCUUGAAAAUGCGUUAAAACAAGCUCAAAGAGCCAAAACUUUGUCUCAUGCUGAACGGCGACAGGCAAAAAGAGCAAAGGAUCUUAGCAAUAUGGUGACCCUUGAUGUUUGCUUUUACGAUGUCUUCGAUUUGCAUCCGAUGAAUGAAUAUGAACUGUACAUUCGGAAUUUUGGAAGUUCAAAUGCCGUACAGGCUGCAACUCAAAGUAAUGAAGAUCGCACAGACCAGGACAUGCAGACAGACGUAUGGCCAACUGACGUCAAAUGGGUUCAAUGUCCUCCCGAUCAAUUUACGGAUUCUGGCAGUGGUAAUCCAUUAACCCAUUCAACGGGGCAUUUGCGAUCCAACAGCAAAAUACUAGACGUCGUAGCGAAGGUCGAUUCAGUGCGUCUAUCAAACUUUUUACAGCGGUCAUCUCAAGUUAUGGAUAUUUUACUGGAGGAGAGCACAGCAGCGAUGGGAAUCUCGAGUGGUUUUGCGGAACAGAGUUCACUGAAUAUCAGUCAAGGGGUUACUACACUUCAACAACAGAAAAAUUUGAGUGGUCGUCAGAUUCGCGACGUUUGCUAUUCCACAACGGAUUAUCGUCUUUUGUUGGUUGCCUAUUCUAUGGCAUCUGGGGAGCAGGAGAAGGAUAUCCUCGGCGAUAAAGGCAUCCUGUGUUUAUGGCAGUUGAGCGACCCAACGGUCCCAUACCGUGUACUCGUUUGUGAAGGCGACCCAACAUGUUGUUGCUUCGCUCCCACCAAGCCAUAUCUGGUCUUUGCAGGCACAGGGGAUGGUAGCGUUCUAGCUUGGAACCUCCAAGAAUCUCCAUCGUUGCAUCGUAAAGUCAUAAUUGAUGGGCAAGAAAUACUCCUUCGGUACCCUAGUUAUAGCACCAGCGGAAUAUAUACACUGAAAGGCACCCACGACGAACCUAUUCGAAAUAUAAUGGCGUUGCAUCAAUAUCGACCGGCGAGGGAGGAUAACUGGCAUGCGGCUCUUGGUGUGUCAUCGGAACUAGAGGGUCAGUCGUUUCAAGUGGCAUCAUUGGAUGAGAGCGGUUGGAUGCACAUUUGGGCUGUGGUGGAGCUACGCAGUGAAUCCAUUACGGCAUCGGAGUUGGAUUUCGGUAUGGCAAUUGGAGGUAGACUGAAGCUCAUUCGCAGCACGGGAUUCAAAAUCUCCCUCCCACGCAGCCAAACACGGUCAGCAGUAACCGACCUGAGAGUUCUUGACUGCAAAUUCCGCACCAAUGAUAUCGAUCGCUUUAUCGUCGGUACAGAUAUUGGCACAAUUAUACACGAGUCACGCUUCCGAAAUCGCUGCAACCCACGUACAUACAACCUCAAAGAGACCACAAUAGCCCAAAUUGAUGGUGUUAGUUCAUUGGAUUUCUGUCCACACGAUCCUCGACUUUUUCUGGCAGGAUACACAUCAGGAAUGGUUGGUAUGUUUGCUGCAAAUGAGGCGACGGCGAUCAUGAGAUGGACGGUUUCUAAAGGUCCAGUGAGACUUGUACGGUGGUCUCCCCAUCGGCCGGCUGUAUUUUACGUGCUGGAUGAGACGGGUACGCUCCAUGUGUGGGAUUUAUCGGAAAGUGAAGCUCAGGCGACCCAGGUGGUCAAGGCAACCAAGACUGGCGACAAUGGGCGGAUUGUUACAUUUGCCCUAAGUCCGACCAUAGUGUCAGCUGCAUCAACAGUUUCCCACGCCAAUCUGGCGGCGGCUUCAGGCAGAAAUGCCACGAUAAUGCUCGGAUACGCAGAUGGAACUAUGGAAGUGCAUUUGUUGGACAGUACGUUAGCAGAAAGGGCGAUAGAUGAGGAACAUGUCCUUGCAUCGUAUGUGGGUGGAACUCGAGUAAGCCAAAAUGCAGGGAAGGAGGAUGAGGAGAUGUAUGAAAAUGAUCAUGAUUCCGUGUAUGAUGCAUGA